AAAUAUGGCGGCCGUCGGGGUUUCAGUACCAACCUCUGUGGAAACAAAUGGGCCGAUAAAGCCCAGUCUAGGCUCCGAAAUGAAUGGCAACGGCAGCGCAGACCAUGAGGAGGUAUUAUCGUCCUUGAUGGCCAAACUAAAAACUACUAGUGAGCAGAUCAAGGUGUGGUCAGAGACAAGCCGCAAACUACGUGCUGCCAUGGCAAAACUCUCAGAGCCAGAUGCGGUCGACCCCAACAGACUGCAGAAAUGCUUGGACAAGUUAAAAAUGGCCAUUAAAGUGUCAUCAUUACCAGCAAUGACUGAGAGAUUGGAGACCAUGGCGAGACAAGUUGGGUUAAAGUUCACUGCUAACCUGGGAGGCACCGACGUGUUCAUCAGCUCAGACACGUUCUACGUGGAGGUUCUCCUGACCAACAAUGGUGGGGUGAAAGACGUCAAAGUGGCCCAUCACAGGGAGCCAGUGUCCUGUCCGGAGAUGUGCGAAGUCUUAAAGAAGAACGAUUUCAAGGAAUUCGCAGAACACCUGAAGGGACUGAUACAACUCUACCAGGCGGGAGGAGAUAGCGCUCAGAAGAGCAAAGCGUUCAACUGUUUGCAAGCUUUGGAAACUGAUCUGAACAUGCUGUUCAAGAUGUACAGGACAGUGACACAGCCCAUGCUGCACAUAUCACGGGGACCAGUCGGCCUUCUUACCCCAAGGGUUGGUGGCUAUCCCACCAGACUGACCUUCUUUGUUUCACCGUACGACCUGUUGGACCUGGAGAAGAAACAGUCAACAGUGCUGAAUAUGAAAGAGCCCCUGCCCAAGGAUCUAGGCCUGUCGGUCAGCGUUGGCUUGGAGAGCUCACCGACACGCAAGCUGCAGACUGUCCCGCUAAUCACCGUUCCCACCGCACCAGAUGGAAGCAUGGGGAGUCCACAAGCCACUCCAUUAAACCAGCAUAACAGUGUUGCCCUACCGGCCUCCUUCGUCUUGAAACUCAACAAGGCUAUGGCCCUCUCCAUGCACAUCAUUAAACAGCUACACAGCCUACAUGGUGUCAUUAUGCAGUGUGUGGAUGUUUCGUCAGCGGCACCUCUCAAUAGCCUGAUAGCUCGUUACAUCCUGGAUCCGACGCUGGGACAGACCAUGGGCAAAGACUCCAAGCACACGGGAAACACAUACUACGUGAGCUUGCCUGAUCAAGAACACUGCUACUUCAUCAAUGAGUGCAUCUCCAGUAACGACAUGACCAAUUCCACGCAUAAUGCCCACAUGCGCGGUGUACUGGUCUCCAAGCUCACCUUCACUAAUCAGAUGCACGUCAUGAAGAUGCUGUCGUUGCUCAGGCAACAGGCUGUCUACAACACGCUCAUUGCCAGCUGCGUCCGUGCCGAGGAGGAUGGAGAUCCUACCAAAGCGAUGUUGUUUGAGAUCACGCCCUUCACCCACCAGAAGCUGACCGUGACUUUUGAGCAUCCAGCAACCGAUGGCAUGGGAUGUGUUGAGAUGGAUCUGACCGAGUCGGCUAGCGUCAAGUGUAGGCUGCACACACCUAGCGGUGAGGAACCAAUCUGCAGUGAUGAGUACGCAACCAGGGUGCUGCAGAGGUGUUUGUCGAUUCCUGUCACCAUGCGUGCCAUCAUGAAGAAAGCUGCGUCCAUGAUCCAAACCCAAGUCCAGAAGCCCAUCCCCGCGGCGACUCUCCUAAACGAGCCGCCAACUACCACAAGUCACGUCCCCGGCAGCCUGGUCCAUCAACUGAAGUCCACCCUGACUGGACAGAGCCUGGCAGCCUCCAUGAAACAAGGUGCUGGUCAGCAGAGGAGCAUCCUGAGCGACAUGAGAACCUCCAUGGAAUCUAUCCUGGUGCAGCCUGCCUCAGCUCUUGAGCUGUCGUCACUACAAAUUGACAACUCUAAAGUGGAGCAGAACCCGAUGUUAGCCAGCUUGCUGCAGCAUGCUAACCCCACCACCGCUAUUGGCUCUCCCAAGGACAAUUCCAGCCAAAUGCUGGCAACAGAUGCAGCAGCUGCUGCACAGACCGCUGCCGUCAAGUCCAAGAGGAAUCCCAUGUUGAUGACUCUUCUGCAGGAGCAGACCAAGCAACCAGCUCAGAUUAUGGCCACACCGCUCUCAUCACUCACCCCAGCUCAGCAGGCCCCUCUCCCACAACCUCCCAUCCCACAGCCGACUCUCCAGCAACCGAGUCUACCAUCACCUGUCCCUGGAAAGCCAGCGAAAAAGCGCCGCCGGAUAAAAUCGGCCCUCUCAACUGACAAAUCCCCAAGGAGACCUUUCAGCGAAGAUGACAGCUCCAGGGAAUCCUCAUUUGAUUUUGAAGGGGGUCACGGAGUGCCAGAACGAUCACCUUCACUCCACACCCCAAAGAUUCCAAGUGACUCCCAGAUAUUUUCCCAUUUUCCCAUGCCAACAGAGGCUGCCAAGCCCUACCAACCUUCUGGCACGAUGGAGCCACCUCGAACAACUUCCCAAAUGGGAGAACUCUCCGCCCUACUUGCUGAUAUUGUGGAUACAUCUGGCAAGUCAGGUCGUCGACAAAAGCGUUCAGACAGCACCAGUUCGCAGUCAAGUGCUGGAGGAAGACCAUCUCUGUCCCCAAAGACACCAACCUCUUUGCCCAUGACGUCAAGCUAUGGAGGUCCUCCAAAGCCCGGCAUGCAGUCCCUCCACACACCAGAACAUGUCAUGCAAGCAGUCACUGAUGCACCCCCUCCACAAAUUGGCAAAAUGAUGUCUCGACAGGAUUCCCAGCAGGCAGCAAGAAGCACUGCCGAUACGGAUGUAUUCAGCUCUCAUGGUACAGAGCUGUUCUCCCCCGAGGAGUUUUUGGCGAUAUCAUCUGGAGAAAGUGAUGCCCCGGAGAGUGGCAAUCAGCAGUACAACAUCAGUGAGUCCCUGGAUUUCAACACCGACAUCCUGAAGAGUGGAGAUUCAAGCUUUGCUGAUGAUCUGAUCGAGUCCACAGGUGAUAUUGACAUGGAGGCGUGUGAUGCCACAGCAUUUGGACUCUCCAGUGUCAACUUGGCCAUAGCACGCAUGGGGGUUCAGACCACCAAGUCACCAUCAGCAAGCGAGACAGGCCCUGAUGGUAAGAUGAGGUCAGAGUUCAAGUUGUCAACUGCGGCAGCACUCAGCGCAUCGGCAGCCUCUGCAGGAUCAACACCGCCAUCAUCAGGGCAAUCAGCCUUCCAGAGCAUCAGCCCGGGUGUUGGCAACAAACUCUUGCGGGCCGAGUCUGCUGACAUAGUCGGCUCAGGCAUGGCAUUAGAUCUAAGCAUGCCAAGUUUAUCUAAGAGCUUAGGUAGUGGGGAUUCACUGGCUAUGCACUCUGCAUUGAGAGAAAGAUCAAUGAGCAUGCCUGAACAUCACAAGCCACCUCCUGCAUCUCAAAGCAGUAACACUCAAUCCACAACACCCACCCGUAAGGUCAUCCGUGUUCCUCCAAUGGUCUCAAAAGGAAAACCUAAGAACUUUGUAUCUGAAUCUGCUGGCACACCACCACCUGACAACCCCAGCAAAAGAGGUCCUAAAAAGCGAUCGCGUAGAACUGGGAAGAAAAUGGAAGGCUUGUUAGGCGGAGACUCCCCUCCUCCCAAACCCAAGGAAAAGAAAAAGGCCAUCAAGCGUCGCCGAGUGGAUGUCUACAGCGACUCAUCUCCAGGAGAUGAUGAUGACAAUGAAGACUUGAGUGUCACUAUGAGCUCUGAAGCACCCUUGAAGAUGACAUUCAAGAUGGUCCGCGUCAAAUCAGAGCCCAAACCCAAAUCAAAGACCUCCAGCACUCCUAGGAUCAGAGUGAAACCUUUGAAUCCUAUGUCGAGUGCAGAUUCCACUCCAAAACCAGUUACUGGGAGCAUCACUAGUAAUGUCCCAGAAGUGAAAUUUCAACCAAAAUCCGAAGCUUCAGUGUUGCCCACUAAAACUGAAUCAGUUGGUGCCACCAAGUCAGAGGAGUUUCAAAAGAAAGAUUUUGCACCAGUUACAAAAAUUGACACCCAAGUCCAUCCUAAAUCUGAGACUGAGAAGUUUGAUUCAGCAGCUGCCAAGAGGCAGGCCUUUAGCAAGUCCUCAACUACAGCUGUUGCAAUGCAGUCUAAGGUUAAGAGCGACCUGAGCAAGAGCUCUUCUCAAAGUCUCAGCUCUAAGAGUAUCUCUUCUCCCAAAACUGCAGGAAGCCUCACCAAAUCCACCACUCUAUCCCCAAAAGUCUCCUUUUCCCCUAAGACAGCAUCCGCUUCUCCGUUGAAACUUGGAACAAAGUCUGAAUUGCAGACAUCGGGGCAGGUGUUCAAGUCCAAGGUAUCAGCUGAAGGCAUCAGGAGCUCCAUACCAUCCUCUGUCAAGAAGAUUAGCAAAGGGAUAGAUUCACAUGCCAGGAUGUUGAAAAAAUCCCUAAGUGCAGGGCAGAGACCAGAAGGACGGAAGGAGAUGAAGAAAUCACCUCUUCUUAAAACCUCCAAGCUCAUCCAGGGAUCACCUAAGGGGAUCAUGAAGGCACCAAGUGCUACAGUCUCUGCAUUUGGAAGUCCUUCCAGUUCAUCCACUACGCCAAAUAGACCCUCUCCAAUAUCGAUUCCACCUGCUGCUAAAUCCUCGCCAUCCGUUGAUGUUCCCCUGAACACAUCAGUCCCAGCAUCUGCAGCAGAUUCAGCAACAACCCAAACUCCAACAACACCUACAAGUGCAGGGCCUAAGACUCCCAAGUUGAUAGGCAAAGGCCGGAAGAACUCCCUAUCGGCCAUUGUCGGGAAACUCCAGGAAAGAGCUGGCAUUGCAUCUGUUCUGUCAAGUCCACCCAGACCUGGGCAAGACACUGAACCUUCUGGCCAGUCCCCAGUCAAAGAGAAAGCACCAAAAGAAAAGGUUGGUCCUGGAAAAGUACAAGAAGGUGACAGCAUCAAGCCUGUUACAUCAAAGCCUUUGAAGUCUGAACAUUCAGAGACAAAAGGCAGAGAAUCUCCAUCUAGCCUGAGCAAAACUCCAAAGUCAAAACCUCCCUCCUCUCAAUCAAAAUCAUCUGGAACAGCUUUCACUAAGCUUGGAGUUUCAUCCACUGUGGGAACACCAGUGACAACCUCAUCGUCCACUAAGCUCAGUGGUGCUUCUACCCCUACAAAGUUGUCUGCCUCCCCCAUUAAGACACCCUCAAUGCCCUCAUUCGGUCAAAGUCUACAGCGGGCAUCAACUUCCCCUAGCAGGCCGGUCCAGUCUCAGAAAACAUCACAAGUUUCCCGUCCACCAAAAGUUUCCACCCCUCCCAUCCCCCUCAAAGGACCAGCGCAGCCUGCACGUACCUCAUCACCAUCUGUUACGCCUAAAGCUACUGGCUCAUUUCUCUCAGCAUCAAAAGCUGCAACACCCAAGCCUGUGUCACCUUUGAAAUUGAGUACCUCGUCGGCUAUGCCUAUUGCCACAUCAGUUUCAAGUCCCAUCAAAACCCCACCAAGACAAGUUCUCUCCCCAAUGUCUCGAAAGCCGAUCAUCUUAAGUCGUUCCUCAUCAACAUACUCAUCUCCCGAAAAGGGCAACUCCAAGGUACCGGUAACCAUUGUAACAGUUAUGUCACCAAGGCUGGCUGCCACACACGCACGCCAGGCUGAGGUCCAAAAGGCUGGCACAGCUCCAGAUGUCAAGUCUGACAAGCCUCCAGAGGGACAGACAACUCCAACAGAGUCAAAGACUCCAACAGCUACAAAGCCUCCAGUUGCCAGUCAAUCUUCUGUUAAGGAUAGAAAGGUUGACCCAACACCGACACCAACGCUGACACCAGCACCGACAACUGAUACCGAUAACCUCCUGAAAGCACAAAGUUCAACCCACCCUAAAAAACCUAGCAACCCUCAGUUGAAGCCAGUUUCAAAAUCAGACGACAGCAGCAAACCCCGUAGUGCAUCUCCAAAACCAGGAACAGGCAGCAAACCACCUGUGCAGGGUGAUGCCAAACGAGCCGAAUCGGUCACAAAACCUACUAAAAGUGUAAGCAGCAGCACCUCAGCACCAACUGCUCCGACAGCCUCCAAAACAGAAUCCAAACCAGAAUCCACCAAGCCAACUUCAGAAUCCAAGCUCAUCCCUGACAAACCCAAACCAGACCUGAAAUUGGCCAUGAGGCCAAGCGUGAUGAAAUCAGACGGUGGUGUAAAGGAGGCAACUCAGACACCACCUACUCCAACAGAAGGUGGCUCAAAGCAACUACCCUCACAAACAUCUUCGCAACCAGACAAACCCAAGAGGCCAGCACAAGAAACCAAGCCGGAAAGUAAACCACCCGAAGCCAAAUUCUCCGCACCUGCUUCUGCCUCCACUGCAAAAGUGGAGACCAAGAAGCCACCCAAAGAUCAGUCUAGCUUGAAGCUUCAUCCUACUCCCAAACGUCAGGCAAGCCCAAAGCAUCAUCCAACUCUCAAAACUCAACCCAAGCCAAAACAGUUACCCAGCCCCAGUCGCCAACCAAGCCCAAAACACCAGCCAAGUCCAAAACACCAGCCAAGCCCCAAGCACCAGCCCAGUCCAAAGCAUAUGCCGAGUCCGAAGCACCAACCCAGCCCAAAGCGUCAACCAAGCCCUAAGCAUCAACCAAGCCCAAAACAUCAAAUGAGUCCCAAGCGGCAGUCAAGUCCAAAACGCCAGCCAAGUCCCGUACAGCAGCCUAGCCCCAAAGCCCCUACCCCCACCUCUACCCCCACCCCUACUCCUACCCCAGGCCCUGUCCCUACCCCUACCCCUGCCCCCACCCCUACUCCCGCCCUCACUCCUACCCCUACAUCUGCCCCUGCCCCAGAAAUUAUCAAACCACCCACACCAGGACCUCCACCACCAACAGAAGCUGAAUUCAAAGUGCCAAGUCCAGCCUUGGCUCCCAGCCCCAAACCUGCAUCCAUAUCAGGUGUCCCGAGUCCGAAAGUCUACGGCGGUGCAAAACCCAGCAGCCCACCUCGAGCAAUGAGUCCGUACUCUCCAGGAGUUCCCAGUCCACUUGGUAGCGGGAGCCGGAUGAUCCCCAGUCCAGGUGGAGUGCCAAGCACCCAAAGCAUCAAGAGAGCGGCCACUCCCGACGAGACGACUCACGUUGCCAAACGUCUCCACACGAUGAGCCCUGCUUACAGCCACAGCGGGAGCGAGGAUGAGCUGGUCAUUGAUGAUCCAAAUGCUCCCCACACCAGCCAUCCCAGGGGAGAGCCCUCCGUACCAGAGGAACGCAGGGGGAGCCUUCCACAGCAGGAAGCUGCUGUGACCUCCCCCUGUGCUGCUCUGCCGAGCUCACCCUGUGCGAAGCCCUCUAUUGCCAAGUCUCCAAUUGGGGUCAGUAUUGGGAGUGGGUCUGAACAUUCCCAACAGAGUCCUUGCCUGAUUGAUGAUGAUUUGAUGGACGAGGCUCUGCUCUCAUCAAUUGGUAAAGAAGACUCUUAAAUAAUAAUCCUUCAAAUAGUUGGAUGUUGGCACAGACUACGCCAGGAUGGGUUUCAUUUUCAAUGUUUUGCAUUUAGCACGCUUGUAUAUCAGCUCCAAAUACAAUCAAUGGAGACAAGCCAACUUGCUUGUUUAUCUGUCAUUGUUUAAUUCCACAUAAGUAAAGAAAAUAUUUCCAACAUGAAAGAGUCAAUGUGGAGAGUACCCCUUUGAGGUUUUUCUCCAAUCGCCUGAAAUAAAACUUAUACAUUCUUUACAAUUCUGGACUGUGUGAAGACCCCUGCAAAUUGGUCAAAAAAGAUCUGAUUUAAAAAAAAAAAGGAAUUUGUAGAUAUUAACAGAGCAUGACAGUAAAUGUAUAAUUUAAAAUAUUUGUGCUUUGCUUUGAAUGUGCUUAACCCGCAUGGUUAUCAUUGAAUGUGUGGCAUUUGUAGGAUGACAAGUCUAACUUUCAUUUUGAAAUUUAUAAAAAGCAAAAAGGGGAUUAUUUAUCAAAAACCGAUGUGGUUGUAAAUUCUAAGAUAUUUUGGUCUGUUACAUGUGAGGACUGUUUAAAACCAUCUGUGAUUUUAGGGGAUGUUCUUUAAAUUAACUACAUUAGCACAAUGCCGUCAGGGUUUUUCGUUUUUGGUUUUGGAAAAUUGCCUUCAAACAGAAUCACAAUGAACAAAGUCAAUUACAAGCCAUUACAAAACCACAGGGACAGUUUCACGAAGAAAAACAUGCAUUAGAAGUACCUUAAAAAAAAGUAUUUUUGGAGAUACAGUAUUGCUCUUUUGCAUGUCUAGUCAUUCGACAGUAUUUUCAUUUGUAGCAGUUACAGUAAUAAUUUAUGUAUUUUUUUUUUAUUUGUAUAUGUACUUAUAAAAUGUAUUGCAUUGUGCUUUAUUGGACAUAUAUGCCUUUCGUAAUACAGGCAAUGGCAAAAUCAAAUCAUGGUUGGAGUCAUGGUUCAGGAAAAAUUGAGAUAGUAAGAAGUGCUUGAAGUGGUAGUGGUUUUUAAAAUGUGCCACUUCACGCGACGUGAAAUUUGAACCGAGAAUUUAUGCACAAGGAAUUUGAUGCCGAGUUUUUCAUCCGACUAUGUAGGAAGUCAACACAGCGGUGUCUUUUUUUUUUCUGUGAAUUGGCCAUGUUUUUUUAAACUCUUCUUUUAGCGUAUUUAUGAGAACAGUGGCAGUGGUGCUAAAACUGGCACUUUUUAUGUGCACUUUCUCCUGAAGACAUUUUUUUCUGCAUCGUGAUUGGAACCGAUGGUGUUCCGAGAUCCGAGAUGCUUGAAGAUAAUAUAAUUUUGCAUCAAUAUCAGACUAGGGCGAUUGUCUCACAAGAUUAAUAUGAAUCAAUGCAUCAAGCAUUGCCAAGCUGUAUUGUAUUUUGCUUGUCAAUAAAUUUUACGCAGUGAAUGUGCUGAUGUA